AUGAACAAUCACGAGGAUUUUGUAGCCACCUUAGAAUCCUUAAAGGAGUUAAAAUCUGGUAUCUCCGGUUCUAGAAUUAAGAAAUUGACCAACUAUGCUCUAGAAAAUGUAAAUGCAGAAGAAUACUUGAUUGAAAAAAUAAUAUACUAUUCGCGUACGUGUGCUGCAACACAUAAAUUAGGUUCUCUCUAUGUUAUAGAUUCUAUCGGACGGGCUUUCUUGAACAAAUGCAAAGAUACGAACCAAGCGAUUAAGUCCAAUGCGCAACCAGGUACCUACGGACAUGCCUUGUUUACUUUGGGUGAGAAUAUUCAAACCUUACUUAGCGACGGUGUUGAAAAGAGUAGUGCCGAAAACAGAGAUAAGAUCAAGGACUUGAUCGACAUCUGGGAUAAGGCGGACUUAUUUCAAAAAGGAGUCCUGAAUGCUGUCAGAGGUGUAUGGUUUGCUCUGAAGGAUACAGGGAAGUCUUCUAGUUUACAAGCUUCCGAUCCUAAAGAAAGAGCAGUUCAAAUCUUGAGUAACCUAAAACCAAUGGAAUCUAUUUCCGCUGAUAUUAAGGUACCGGCUGAAAUAGAUUCCCAAGACCUUGCUUUACAGCAAGCGGCCUUAGUUCAAUUAUUGUCGUCUCUACAGGCACAAAUGGGCCCAGCUAUUGCAACAUCGGCGUCCAAGUCCCAUGCCACGCAGGAGAACGACAGAGCACAUCAACCUCAACGCCAGGAAAGUCAGAGCCAACACUAUCAACAUCAUCAGCGUCACGAGCCUACACAGUACAUUGGUAGGUCAUCUAGAAGCAAUAAACGUGUCGAUAACCACCACGAGAAAUCGAGGUCGAAAUCUCCAAAGAGACAUGACAAGAAAAGCAAUCCAAGCAAUGCUGUUUCGAAUCCUAAUCCUAGUAACAAUCACCACUUAUAUCCAGAAGAAAGAAACGUUCCAACAAACCCCCACUAUAGGCCAAGACAUGUUACAUUUGAUCCUACACUGCCCGCUGAUCAUAUCAAGGUUUACUCUAGGACCUUGUUCGUCGGCGGAGUCCCAAACACUAUGAAAGAACACGAAAUUGCCAGACUCUUAGGUAAGUUUGGCGAAGUUCAAAGCGUUAUACUAAACAAUUCACGUAAACACGCAUUUGUCAAAAUCUACUCAAGACAAGAGGCAGACAGUAUCCUAAUGAACUACAACAAAGACGAAUCGUCCCCACUUAGAAUACGUUGGGCUGUCGGAUUCGGUCCAAGGGAUUGCUGUGACUACCAACAUGGUUCAAGUAUUAUCCCCAUGCAUAGAUUAACAGAAGUAGACAGGAAAUGGUCUCUUUGUGCAGAAUGGGGUGGGACUGGCGGUCAACCUCUACAGCCAGGCGUCGUCUUCGAAGAGCCAGAUAUCGUUGUAGGUGAAGGCGUAUCGUCCAAGGCCAUCUCACAAAAAAUGCCUACUGAUAGAGGUAAUGGACCAAAAUCUGGAAAACCAAUAGCCGGCAAUACAUUCCGUCAUGCUGCACCUUUAUUCCCUCAACAACCUGCAACUACACGGUAUCCACCAAUGUAUCAAAAUAUGACCCCACCUAUGCCACAACCUGGUAUAUAUCAGCAGCAGCAGCCUAUAAUGCCUGUAAUGGCUCCUCAGCAUCAUCCUCAAGAUCAUCAACAGCAAUCGGGCGCUUUUGAUCCUACUGCACAAUUGAACUCUCUAAUGAGUAUGUUAAACAAACAGCAACAGUAA